AGGCGGCUUUUCUGCUCAUGCGGCCAUUCUUAUCCUUCCUAAACGUCGUGUACUUUGUUUUAAACAGUAUUUGACUUUGACAUAACUGCACCAAAGAGUGACUAUAACGUGUUUCAUAAGCCGACAGGUGUCAACUGUGUUGGAAUCACUACGCACGAAAUAGUUUGAGAAAAAGGAGGGUGCCUGAAAGACCUGGUUGAGGACAAAAAAGAUGACGGGUACGACUACCAGAACUAGUUUACAGCUAAAAACGGACCAGUGCAUCAGUAGUAUUGACAGACAGUUUUGAGGCAAAACUUUUUGUAGAUGUCAAAGAAACCGGAACUGAGAGGAAUCAUGUUUGAAAACUUCAGAGAAAGACUUCACAUGGUCCAGCAGGAUUUCACGACGGGCUUCAAGACCCUUGGAGACAAAUCCAGAGACCCCAAAGUCCGGAGGAAGCCCCGGUUGGAAGAAAGCCUUCCUCACUUCAGCGCCGGGCUGGACAUCCUCAGCAGGUAUGAGGAGAGCUGGUUUCUGCUCCAUAAAAGAACCAAAGACUGUGCUCAGACUGCAGAGGCAGUAGACGGGGACAUAGUGAUGCUCUCAGCACACUGGGAGAAAAGAAGAACAGCUCUGACUCGAUUACAAGAGCAGCUACAAAGCUUGCCGACCUUCAUCAGUGAUCUAGACGCCAUCACUGCUAACAUAGCUCAUAUGGAAGGGGACUUUGAGGAGAUGGAGAGCCAGCUGAUCUACCUAGAGACUCUGUGUUGUCAGUGUGAACAGCAGAAGGUCAAACAACAUCACGUCAACCAACUAGAAGUCUAUAAGAAAAAGAAAAGGAAGGAGAUGGAGGCGCUGGAAGUGGCACUGGAUGCCGAGCACGCUCAGAAGGCGGCAGAAGUGGAGCAGGCCGUGCAGCAGAAACUGCGAGAACGACAGAAAGUCUACGAGGAAGCCUUCAACCAAGACGUGCAGCAGUACCUCUCCACUGGAUUCCUGCAGCACAGGGAUGGAACUAUAACUGACAUCACUGCAGAGCCAACGGGAGCUGAUGUGCGUGUUCUGGAUCAGAUGACAGUAACUAACAUAUCGGACCAGGAGGCUCUGGACGACUUCCUUAACUCCACUGGUGACGAUGACAUCAGCACGGGAUCAUCACUGACCUCAGGUCCAGACCCCGAGUCCUGCUCUUCUGAAUCUUCAAAAAGCCCUUCCACCCGAGCCCCUCCCACAACCAUCCAAGCGGCCAACCAGGACGCAGAGUGGGAGCAGGAAGAGGAAGUGGCCAGCGAGCAGAGCGAUGAGCCUCUGGUGCAGUCGGACGAAGAGGACGUCCAUCCGGACACGUCCUUGGUCGGCUUACAGGAUGUUGGCACAAGAAGCGGCUCCGACGAGAGCGACCCUGCAGGGGAUCUAGCCUCUGGGUAACCUAGCAACCAGGCCCUUAAAUACCUGGCAAACACUUCCCACAUUGGCAGCUGGAAUAGGAAAAAAUAAACAUGUUCCGAUUUUUUUCCUUUACGAUUCCGAUGUCUGAGCUUUCGGUUCACAUGGUGCCAAUUACCGAUCAGAUAUUAGUGCAUCAAAAACCAAAACGGCCCUAAGUGACUCUCAAAUACCAAUUUAAUGUUUUUGUUCAACAUAUCUCUUUCAAACUGUAUUUAUUCAGGUCUCUCACAAUGGACUACAAUUUGAACAUGUCAUAAUAACAUUAUAAUUCCCAUUUUCCCAGCCUCUGUUAACGCAGUGCUGCUAACAGCUAACGUUAACAAGCUCUCCUCCAGCCGACCUCAGCACAGAUCUGUUGUUCACGACGUAGUGUUGUCAAGGAGAAAAUGGCGUGUGAGUGCAUCUGUGCAGUAGAGAUCAGGACGUGAGGAUCUGGGAGCAAUUGACACGUGUUGUUGUUGCUGGCAUUUUUGACACUGUUAUCAAAAUUGAACAUGACCGUUGCCACAGUCUCAAGAGGUUGUGAGUUGUUUAAAGCCUCAAUCUGGCUCAAUAAUGCCAAAGAAUUCACAUUUACAGUAUCCUCUUACUUUUAGGUCCAGGCCAAUCUAGCUGUACCGUGUUUAUCUAUUAAAGUCCUCAAGAUAAAGA